AUGGAGCGGUUCAGGAGCUUGUUGGGCGGCAGCGGGAUGAGCCUGGGAGGAGCUGCUCAUGGCACGGACAACACCAACCUCAUCGAUAACUCCGAGACGGUUUACAUCUCCUCGCUGGCCCUCCUGAAGAUGCUGCGUCAUGGCCGAGCCGGCGUUCCCAUGGAAGUCAUGGGCCUGAUGCUGGGCGAGUUUGUCGACGACUUUACCGUCAAGGUCAUGGAUGUCUUCGCCAUGCCUCAAAGCGGAACCGGCGUCAGCGUCGAGGCUGUCGACCCUGUCUUCCAGACCAAGAUGAUGGACAUGCUGCGGCAAACGGGAAGGCCAGAAUCCGUCGUGGGCUGGUAUCAUUCGCAUCCGGGCUUCGGCUGCUGGCUGUCUUCGGUCGAUAUAAACACCCAGCAGUCUUUUGAGCAGCUCAACCCUCGCGCCGUGGCCGUCGUGGUCGAUCCCAUCCAGUCCGUCAAGGGCAAGGUCGUCAUCGACGCCUUCCGACUCAUCAACCCUCAGCUCUUGAUGAUGGGUCAAGAGCCCCGUCAGAGCACGAGCAACCUGGGCCACCUGAACAAGCCGUCGAUCCAAGCUCUGAUCCACGGCCUCAACCGCCACUACUACUCGAUCGGCAUCAACUACCGCAAAACUGCGCUCGAGGAGAAUAUGCUCAUGAACCUCCACAAGCACGUUUGGACCGAAGCGCUGCAGAUGGACGACUUCCGAUCCGAGGGCGAUAAGAACAAGGAGCGGCUGCAGCGACUGGUCAGCCUUGCCGAUGGGUACGAAAAGCGUGUCAAGGAAGAGACGGAGCUCACAAAGGAACAACUCAAAACCCGCUACGUGGGCAAGUUGGACCCCAAGAAGCACCUCGAGGACGUGGGCCAGGAACUCAUCGAGGACAACAUCGUUUCCGUCUCGAGGCAAAUGAUCGACAAGGAGGCCACAAUGCCCAAGAAAGAGGGCCCAUCAGGCGCCGGCGGGACCUCCCAUGGCGAUCAAAUGGACACGGAAUAG